UUCCAUAGCAGUGGUGCACGAGAUAAGUUCUACAACUGCUCAUCGGACGGGCGUGAAACUAGUCCUCAGUUCUACAUAGUAAUUGUGUGCAUUUAUUUUUUGACUUUGACUUAAAGUCUACGUCAGUUUUACGGACGGGAUGCGUUACGGCUGUGCUUUCUUUUACAGCCACGGCCUGUGCAGGUUUUCAAUAAUCUUCUAUUCACUUCUGAAUGGCCUGGGGAUUAAAAAAUUCACCUGCAGAACUGAUUAGGUAGCUAGCUAGUUACAGAAACAAUGAGCAAAACAGGCCGGUAAAGAACCUGAAUUUUGAAAAACGAUUAUAGGCUAACUUAUUUUUGUAUUUAUAAGAAACUUUUUUGCAGGCCACGGCAUGACAAAAUGAAUAUGAACUGCUUUCAGAGGCACCUUCGGCGCACGGCCCCCGUGCGAGGGGGCAGCCGGAACGAGCUGGUGGCCCCCCCACUGCGCUCACGGGUGAACGGCUGGUCCAUUCCUCUCCACGCCUUUCAGCUGGUGGCCUGGCUCAUCUACAGCUACAUGGCUGUGGUCGGCUUUGGCGUCUACAUUCCACUUCUGCCCCCUCCGUGGAGUCAUGCUGCAUACGGUGUAAUUGGUGCAGCCUUUGCAAUACACCUGGUCGCUCAUCUGGCAGCUGUGUCUAUAGACCCAGCUGACUUGAGCGUCCUUGCGAGGAAGAACUACUCCAACCCCAUGCCUGUCCUGGACAAGAAGAAGCAUCCGCAUGUUAUCCACAACUUGCACUGCUACCUCUGUGAGGUCGAUGUGGGUCCCAGAGUGAAACACUGCAGUAGCUGCAAUAAGUGCAUUGCAGACUUUGACCACCACUGCAAAUGGCUCAACAACUGUGUUGGUGGGAGGAACUACUGGUUUUUCUUUGUGACAGUUAUGUCUGCUGCCCUGGGAAUUCUGCUGCUUGUUUUCAUCAUCCUCUUUGUCUUCGUUGAACACUUUUUGAACCCUGACGUUCUGAGAACUGCACCACAGUUUCAGAAUGUGCGAGAGAACGGGACGUGGCUGGCCUUCCUGCCGCUGGCGCCGUUGGAGAUGAGCUCGGCCGGGAUCCUCACCCUCGCCUUCAUCACCGUCAUGCUGGCCGCGGCCUCCCUGCUGCUACUCAGCCACCUGCUGAGCUUCCAUAUCUACCUAUUGAUAAAGAAGAUGAGCACAUAUGAGUACAUUGUGAGACAGCGUCACUUGCAGAGCAUUCGAGAACUGGAGGGAAGGACCAACCAGUCCACCACCACCAAUGGAACUUCUUUACAGGAUCUGCCCCCUGUGGAGAAAUCUGUUGAAUGUGAUACACCACUGUCUGGAAGGUCAAGUGCCUUAAAGUAUCAGGAUAGAGGGCAGAUCAGCAGUCGACUCUCAGGAGCCAUCUGUACUGAGAUGGACAAUUUUAAACAAGCAACUGGUGAUGUGGAGGAAGGUCUAUACUAUGAGUCAAAAAUGCCCAAACCAACACUACCAGAUGAAGUCGUGAAGGCAGACGCAGUGGAGGGAGCGGAGAAGCCGCCUGACUCCGGACACGCUAACAUGGCGUCUGCAGAAGGCGUGCCCGUCGCCCAGAACCAGCUUGGGAGCUCCGUGGCCACGCUCACAGUCCAGCAUCCGUAGCUGUCCUGUCGGAGCACGCAGGGGGGUAUUCCCUUAUGCUCUCAGAGUCCGAGGCUCCGGUGGAACCACGGAGCGGGAGACAGCCAGUGAACAGGAGCUCCUGCAGCACGUGACUGCAGUCCAAUUCUGCAGCCUGGAACUUGGAACCCACUGUGGGGGUCCCCUCACGCUGCAGCUCCUGUGACCUCUGGAGAAAAAUGUGUUCAACCAAGCGCAAAGAUGAGCAGGAUCUCCAGGCCACUGUGGGGGCCUAAUAUUAAACACUGAACUCUGCCUCCUCCUUACACCUGCUGGCUGACUGAACUUAGCAACAGCAGCAGUGAAGAAAUUCAUCAGAACAUUUGUUACUGCCAUAUUUUUAACACCUGUAUUUUAUAUUGUUGGAUACAUAUGUCACAAUCCGAAGGGAAUGGCAUCAAAAUGUACAGUAGACUAUGUGUUUUCGCUGUUUGCUUUACAAAUAUUUAUGUUCUCAGUGUUUUAUCAUAAUACUCAUUGGUUAUCUUUUAGAUUUUAUAAUAAAAUACCCCAAAUGAGUCAAA